UUUUGUAAACAUUAAUUAAUUUCACAAUUGUCUUUUAUGUAUUUUAUAAACAAAGUGUAUUUAAAAAAUAAUAAAUAAAAUAAUUCAUACAACAUGGGAGUAACCGGCCUGUGGAAGUUAAUAGAGCCAUGUGGAAAACCUGUGCCGGUAGAAACUUUGGAAGGAAAAAUUUUAGCAGUGGAUAUAUCAAUAUGGUUACAUCAGGCCGUUAAAGGUUUCCAAGAUAACAAAGGAGCUGCGCUCAAUAAUGCCCAUUUAUUGGGUUUGUUUCACAGAUUAUGCAAAUUAAUGUAUUACCGGGUAAAACCCGUAUUCGUAUUUGAUGGUUGUGUGCCGCAAUUGAAAAGAGAUACUAUAGCCCGUCGCCAACAACAACGCAGUAAACUAAACAAUGAAGCUGAUCGUAUACAGGCUCUAUUAUUGCAAUCUUUGGCUAAAGAAAAAAUAGUCCUACAGGCAUUGGGACCUAAUGCCGAACUUUUACUUACAUCACCCAUUAAAAAACUAGCAGCAAAUAAAGCUGCUCGUAAAGAAGAUGCUGUUGAUGAGAUGUUUAAGCUUCCCGAAUUGCCUUCAAGUUCUAAGAAUAAUCCAAACCAAACUGAAGAUGAAACAACAGACGAAUCGUUUAAUGAAAGCUCAUUUUGCUCUGAUGAUUAUACCAGCACCUCAGCAUCAGCAGAUGAUUCUUCAUUUGAUGAAUCAAAUCCUCGUACAGCUUAUACCUCUAAUAUACAAGGUAUCGAUGUGAGAAGUAAAGAGUUUCUACAACUGCCAGCUGAUGUUAGGCAUGAAAUAUUGGUGGACAUAAAGGAAACCCGUAAACAGUCAUCAUGGGGUCGUUUGCAUGAAUUGCCUUCGCGCAGUGAUGAUUUCAGUACUUUCCAAAUGAAACGUUUGCUUAAAAGGCGUGAUGUACAAGUAAGCCUUGAAACAGCUGAACAGGAAAUGGGUGGUCGUACCUUAACCUAUGCUGAGCUAACAAAUAUCUUUAGUGAAGAAGGCAUCUUAGAAACCGAUAUUAUGGAAAAGGGUACAAAACAAAUAUCAUCAGAUGAACAUACACGUUUUCUUUUGGUUAAAGAUUUGAAAAAGAAACUAGCACAUGUUAAAGAAGAAACCAUCAAGGAGGAAAAUGCUGAAGUUAAAGAUGAAAAAAAUACAUCUACAAAGGAAGCCAGUAAAAUUAAUGAAGCACCUUCCACCUCUAAAGUGACUGGAAAAGAAUUGGGUAAUGAAUACGAUGCAGAUUUGGAAUUGGCUAUUGCUUUGUCGCUUGAAGACGAUGCUAACAAAGUCUACGAUGAAAAGGACUAUGAUUACGAUUCGGAUGAAAGUAUUAAAUUGACUAAAGCUCAGCGUGAACGUUUACAAAAUGCUGCCAAGGGUCCGGCUCGUUCAUAUAUGAUUGAAUAUGCGGGCAUGAAUAAGGAAGAAGUUGCUGGUAUUUUAGAGAAAACACAAGCAAUUGAGGAUAUUGAUGAGACCUUGGAGCGUUUAAUUGGAGAUACAAGUAAAAAGGUGGAUGAAAAAAAACCAAUUGAAGAAGACACUCUAAAAGAAAAAAAUAACCAAAAUGAAAGUCAAGAUAUUCGUCUUUGUGUUACGGAUGAUUCCGAUGACACCGAUUCAGAUUUAGAAGAAGUUGAAGAUUCUCAGCAGAUUAUUUCAAACACCAAUAAAUCUAAUACCGAUUUGAAUAUAGAGAAAAAUUCCGAAGUAAAAUAUGCUGGUAAAACUGGCGACGAAUUACAGAUAACAAAAGAUUUAGAUGAAACCGAUUCAGAUUUAGAAGAUGUUAAUGAUUCUGAUGCCACCGAUUCUGAUUUAGAAGAAGUAGUUGAUGGCGGAUCGUUAAGUAACUUGAAUAAACUUAACAAUAAACUUCUUGACUUGGAGGAUGAAUGUGUUAUAGAAGAAACCCCACCCUGCUUAACCGAAGAAGAUGAAUUAAAACCAAAAUCUUCGCAAAUCUUAAAUAUUCAAAUCGAUUUGAGUAAGCCACUGGAAGAGGAAGAUGAUCUUUUUGCAGAUAUAUUUGCAGACACACAAACAAUGGAGGAAAUAAUAGAGGAAACUCCUACAGAAAAUCUAAAAGAGGAAAAAGGCAAUACAUUAAAAGUAAACACUAAUAUUUUAGACAGCGAUGUCUGUAAGGAGCCCAAAGCCACAUUACAAAUUAAAACCCCACCAAAGACUGAACAAAUUCUGUCCAUUUUAGAUGAAUUAAAACAACAAGCUAAUGAAAUUAAAAAUAUCAAACUAGAAAACAUAAAACUAAGUGAGUCCGUCAUAGAAAUCUCCGAUGAUGAUGAAACGGGUUCAAAAUUUUCUAAAAUAAAAAACGAAGUCAUAGAAGUCUGUGAUAGUGAUGAAAAUGAUAAUCGUGCAACAACACCACCGCCACAACUAAUGCGCAACACAAAUCAAUCUCCCAAUAUCAGCUCCAAGUCUCCUAAAUUAAAAACUCCCUCCAAGAAUCACGCAAUUACCGAAUUUUUCAAUGUUAAUUAUGUGGUAAAACGUACACCCGAUAAACCUUUGAAAGAGGAUAACGAAAUGGUGCCAAACGUUAAAUCACCAUUCUUUGUGCGUAAAACACCUAAAUCGGGGCGCAAAAGUGGCAGUAAUUCCCCCUCUCCCAACAAAAAGCCAUCAAAGGCCAAUAAAACUUUGUUUGGACAGGAAAAUGAAUCCUUAACAAAAGAUACAGGUGAUAAGUUGGACAAUGACUUCAUACCUUUAAAGGAAUCACUUCCAGUAAGUGGAGAAGACAUUCUUAAGGAAGCGGCCAAUAUUUUAAAGUCACAAAAAACUAGCGAAGAACUUAAUACUAUAGCCUCUGAUUUGGCCAAAGAAAGGCAGGACUUGGAAAAUGAACGUAAUCGCCAGGAUCGUAUGGGCAUGUCAAUAACACAACGCAUGAAUUCUGACUGUCAAGAUCUUUUACGACUCUUUGGUGUGCCCUUUAUUGUGGCUCCCAUGGAAGCUGAAGCUCAGUGUGCAUUUCUGGACAUAGUUCAACUUACCAAUGGCACCAUAACAGAUGACAGUGAUAUCUGGCUAUUUGGCGGGCGCACAGUGUAUAAGAAUUUCUUUGCUCAAAAUAAACACGUUUUGGAAUUUCGUUCGGAACAAAUUGAAAAGGAUUUUAAUUGUGAUCGUGCGAGAUUAAUACAAUUGGCGUGUCUGGUGGGAAGUGAUUAUACAACAGGAAUUCAUGGUAUUGGUGCCGUAACUGCCUUAGAGAUUUUGGCUUCCUUUACCCCUAAAGAUCAGGCCAACAACCCGCAGGACUCAACAAAUACAUCCAUGCACAACAUUCUAGCCACUCUACAAACAUUUCGCAACUGGUGGCAAACCUUUAAGACAGCAGCCGCACCACCUGGCAGUUCAGCACGUUUGGCUCUACAGAAAAAAUUAAAAAAUAUCGAACUACAUGAGGGUUUUCCCAAUACUGCCGUAGUAGAAGCCUACUUAACACCCAAAGUAGAUGAGAACAAAGAUGCCUUCACCUGGGGUCAUCCAGACGUCGAAUCAUUGAGAGAAUUUACUAGAAAAACGUUUGGUUGGACUGCCAGCAAAACCGAUGACAUUCUAAUGCCCGUUUUAAAGAAAUUAAAUGAGAAACGUACCCAACAAUCGAUACGGAAUUAUUUCAAUGUUAAGAAUGCUUUAAGUUUAAGGCAAAUCAAGGUUAGUAAACGGGUGCAAAAUGCCAUUGAAAAAAUGUCGGGUAAUGUGGAAUCAGAUGAGAGCUCGGAAAAGCCCACAAAAGCCAAAAGAGCUAGAAAAGCCACAGCGCAGGGAGCAAGAAAAAAGAAGGAAGUUGCUGUGAACAAUUUAGAGGAGCAGCUGGAGUUAAAUCUAGUAAAUGAUAUCAGUUUAGCCGUAGAACCCAGUUGUAGCACACAAAUGGCCAGAGGUCCCAUCAAAAGGGCCUGCAAACGUGUUAAUCUACCGGAAACCAAAGAAAUUAUACCCCAACGUGAAAAGGACUUGGCACAAAUGGAAGCUAAUAAAAAACUAGCAGCAACGAUUUUAAAAACCACCGCAAAACAAACUAAAAGAAAACGUAAAACAUAAAAUAAUAA